CUAUCUCCCUCUCUCUCAAGACAAAACAAACAGAAAAAAAGUGGAAGAUGCAAGAACUUCCAGAUUGUUUGUACGAGGGAAAGCAACCAACCCUAAUCACUCCUUCAUCACCCACACCAAAACACUCUCUCUACCUUUCCAACCUCGAUGACCAUCAUUUUCUCAGAUUCUCUAUCAAGUACCUAUACCUUUUUGAAAAAUCUACCUCCUCUCAAACCCUCAAAGAUUCUCUGUCUAGGGUUUUAGUGGAUUACUACCCACUCGCUGGCCGGAUCAAAGUCUCUGAUGGCAAGACCAAACUCGAGGUGGACUGUAAUGGGGAAGGCGCGAUUUUUGCUGAAGCCUUCAUGGAUAUAACUUGUCAAGAGUUUCUUGAGCUUUCACUCAAGCCAAACAAGUCUUGGAGGAAGCUCUUGUUUAAGGUUCAAGCUCCUGGUUUCUUGGAUAUUCCUCCUCUUGUCAUACAGGUGACGCAACUUCGUUGCGGGGGUAUGAUCCUAUGCACGGCGAUCAACCAUUGCCUUUGUGAUGGCAUCGGCACAUCGCAGUUCCUACAUGCAUGGGCCCAUGCAAAUACCACCAAAGCUCCUCUUCUCAUCCAACCACUCCACUCUCGACACAUGUUAGACCCACGAGAUCCACCUCGUGUCACACACUCCCACCCCGGUUUCACCCGAACCACCAUAGACAAAACCUCCUCCACCUUUAACAUUAGCAAAUAUUUACAGUCCCAACCACUGGCUCCCACCACCCUAACCUUCACACAACCCCUAAUUCUAACGUUAAAGAAAACAUGCGUUCCCUCGCUAAAAUGCACCACAUUCGAGGCACUAGCUGCUCACACGUGGUGCUCAUGGGCUCGAUCUCUUGACUUACCGUUGACCAUGCAGGUCAAACUCUUAUUCUCUGUCAAUAUUAGGAAAAAGAUGAUCCCUGAACUUGCUCAAGGGUAUUAUGGUAACGGGUUCGUGCUGGCUUGUGCGGAGAGCAAGGUUCAAGACCUAGUCAAUGGUAAUAUUUACCACGCGGUAAAACUAGUACAAGAGGCCAAAGAGAGAAUCACCGACGCAUAUGUAAGAUCAACGAUAGAUUUACUGGAAGAUAAAGCAGUAAAAACGGACGUGUCAUCCACUUUGGUUAUCUCGCAAUGGGCGAAGUUGGGACUAGAGGAGUUGGACUUUGGAGGAGGAAAGCCAAUGUAUAUGGGUUCUUUGACGAGUGACAUUUACUGUUUAUUUUUACCGGUGGCAGGAAACUGUGAUGCCAUUAGGGUUCAGGUGUCGUUGCCGGAGGAUGUUGUGAAGAAGCUAGAGUAUUACAUGGUUAAGCUUUUAGAUGCAAAAGAUAAGGAAGAAGACAAUUCUUUUGCACAAUAAAGUUUUACAAGAAAAAAAUAAUUAAUUUCAGUUAUCUAUCUCUAUAAAGUAAGUCAUGAGAGGAAAAUAAAAACAUUAAUCAAGUGGAUUCGAUGAGAAAGAAAAGGUCGUUCACGUGUCGGUUUUCAAGUGAUCUAAGUUUUUCUUUGUUCAUUGAAAUUGUACUCUAUAUAUAAUCUCUUGUCUGUAGAAGAUGAAACCACAUUAUUAAAAGAGUUUUCAAAACCAUGUUAGUGAU